UAUGUUUACAAAUAAACAGCACGUUGAUGGCUAUGUGAGGAAAAAACAUUGUGAUUGUGGGAAAAACAUUGAACCUGUAGUGUUCGGAAAAUGCAAACCUCUGUCAAUGCAUGUCCGGUUGGUGCCCAGUGUAACGAAAACAGUAAAAUCAGCACAGAAAGUGUCACAUGUGAUGAUGAUGCUGCAUCCCUCAAGCUUGUGGCAGUUGCAAGGGAAGCGCCAAUGCCUGAUGGUUCCCAAGUGUAUGAAUUUGUAUGGCAAACACCACCGUCUGUUAUCUUACCAUCAGUAACUCUUCCUGAAAAUGGGGAAAUGCGUGAUGCAGACCAAACAUGUAUUAUGUCCCAAAGAAAAAGAGAGAAAAAGAGACCAUUUUCACCAGAUAUUAUAAUCCCAAGGAAGAAGAUUAUGAAAAAGAAAAUAACAAAGAAACCUAAAAAAUGUUCUUUUGUAGAUGAUGAUAUUCAAGAAAAGAAAUUUUCCUGUGAAAAAUGCAGUUCACCAUAUGUUGUAAAUCCAUUGCGUUCUCAUCCUACCACUCAUAAGCAACGUGCACCUCGAAGGGUCUUCGAUCCUUCCACUCAGAAGAUCAUGUUGCUGUGCAAUGCAUGUGGCCUUACAGCACGUAGAAUUAACAAGAAAUCUGAGCAAAAGGAAACAAAUGAUCUCACUAAAGAAAAAGAAAUGUACCUAGAAGAAGCUGAAAGGUUUGCAUCUUCGUUGGCAUCAGACCUUCAAGAGGAUGAUGCUAGACGGCUCUACUGUCCAGCAUUCAAAACAAAAGCUUGCCGUUGCCUUCAGGACCACAUAAUGUCAGCAGGUCCAGAAGAAGUACGUUCCCGCUCACUGCAUUUAAUAAAUCUAAUAAAAGAUGCCAAACUGCUUGUCAAACAGAAGUGUACUAUUGUGGAGGAGAGUAGUGAUACACUGAAAGAAAAAGCUGUAAAUGGAUUUGAAGAAAGCAACAGCAAUGAGUCUACUGCUAACAGUGAUGUUGCAAAACCAUCAAACACAAGGCGUGGACUCUGUAAUCGACGAAGCAAGGCAUAUGAAAGUUUUGUGUUGAAGAAUAGACAUCAUCUGAAAACUGAGCUACGUUUAUGUGAACGUGCGUGCCAGAGAGUUCUGAUGUACUCCAAUAACUUCCUACACAGGCAGCUGAAAACUUCACCUAACCAGAAUGCUCGGGUGGAACGGACAUUGGGGAGAAAUGCAAAAGGUCUUUUGCACCCCAUUUCAGAGAUAGCAUCACUAUCAUGUUGUGGUGAUGGAUGUGUGGCAUUGGCCCAUACACACCCUCGCCUAUUAGAAUCAUGGCGUAGCGAAGCAGCUGCUGGGCAACGUCGUGCUCGUCGAGCUCUUGCUGAAAUGCUCACCCCUUCUGGUGGCACCAAGGCAAACUGCUACAAGUUCAUUUCUCUUGUAACAGGUUGCAGCUAUACAACCAUUUGUCAAGUGAGUGAACAAAUGCGCAGAACGAAAGGUGACAGAGAGCCACAUGAACAUGGUCUGAAACGAUGGUGGCGUGAGCAUCGUGGGACAAAAAAUGCCAUUACACACCAACUUAAAGAAAGCAGUCCAAAACCAGCAACAGCAGAUAACAGUUCUUUGUCAGAACUGCAACAAGAAAGACAGAGAGUAGAAGAGCUAACUCAGGAAUUGCAGAGAACUCAAGAAAGGCUACAGCAGUUGGAACAGACAGCAAAAGUGCAUUUACUGUCGGAGUCUUAUGUUCAACCCCAACAGCAAAUUGUUCAUGUUGUUGAGAUCCCUCAUUCACAAGUGUUAACAGGAGAGACAGCAUCAGUACAAAUUUUAAAUGUCAGUGGAGAGUUGGAGACUCUCACAAAUAUUGGAGUCAGUCUUCCUACAAUGAGCAGUGUUGUUGUGUUAUCUGACACUACUAUGUUGCAUCCUGAUCCAGCUCCAGCAGCAGCAUUUGGAGGGCAGCUGAUACCUUCAGCUGAUACGGCUGGUGUCCUACACCAGUGUGAUGUAUCUCGUGUGCAGUUUCUUGAGUGAUAACAGAAAAUCCUUCAGCUUUCAAGAUAUAGGCUAACUGUGAUUACAUUUUACCAAAGUUUUAUUCACAAACAUGCCACAUGAAUUCAAUGCCAAAACUGAAGGCCUUGGAAAUGAAUAAACUAAGGACUAUAUGUACCAAAAUGCUGAAUAUAGAAGUGUUAUCAGAGGAGUGGAGGGAGUAAAAAUAAACAUACAUCAUCCUAGUUCCCCCUAUAGUGACAGCAGCAAUAAGUUCUUUUGCUUCCAUACAGUGUAAUUACAUGUGUGACUUGAUGGCUCUGCAGGUAAGGGGCAUAUUAUGACCUAUCUGUAAACUGAAGAGCAAGCAGGCGAGCCCCCACUCACUGUAACCAGUUAUGUCAAGAAGCAUGCAAAAUUGCUAUACAGUUUCGAUUUCACAUUGUACUGUAGGCCCAUCAGUAACUUGCUGGGUAACCAUUUUCCAGGUUAUAUGAAAGCAAAGUUCAUGCCCAGUAAAGAGCAUUGUUGUUUUCAAAUGUAUCUGUGGGCUGUGAAACACUGUCAGCCAUUGAUAGUGUGCUUCUGGGUGUUCCCCUGACUUGUUGAUUCCAUUUUAUGCAUAGUAUUUCAAUGACAGACCCAGCCGUUAUGUUCAAGUGCUGCGAGUACACAUAACAGUAAUACGGGUCACACACUUUUAUUUGGCCCCUCUGUGAUUGGCGCAUGUCGUCUGACUUCAUACCACUCCAUAAUGUUUACACUAAUUGCCAACCUUACGUACAUUAUUUACAGAAAUGAGCAAAGAGCGGUUCUAGGCGCUUCAGUCCAGAACCGCGUGACUGCUACGGUCGCAGGUUCGAAUCCUGCCUCGAGCAUGGAUGUGUGUAACGUCCUUAGGUUAGUUAGGUUUAAGUAGUUCUAAGUUCUAGGGGACUGAUGACCUCAGAUGUUAAGUCCCAUAGUGCUCAGAGCCAUUUGAACCAUUUUUUUGAGCAAAGAGCUUGUUCUUGGUCCUAGUGACUCACCAUCAACUUUUGUGGGACUUCUGCAAUGCACUAAUACAUUACAUGUUCAUUUCUUUUCUAAGCUGUAAGCCGGCUGCUCUGGGAGAAGAAAGUGGGGCUUGUCUCAACAGCCAAUGAGCUAUGAGCUGAUUGCAAGCUCCUGCUCCCAGCAUCCUCCGAUGUGGGACCAAGUAAAAGUAUGAGAUCAGUACUCGCAGCACCUAAGGAAGACAGCUAGAUCAGUUGUCAAAAUAUUGUGCACAAAAUGGAAUCGACAACUUAACAGAACAUUCAGAAGUACACUAUUAAUCAUUCAUAUUGAGAAAACCUGAGAGAUCACUGUGACUUUUUUGUCUGUGACUGAUGUCAUUUUAGCCAUAAACAUAUAAAUAAACUUUGGGUUGAAGAUCUAUUCACUUUUUUACUGAAAUAUAAUUACUAUACAGACCAUACAAUCAUACUGGUUAUCUGUCUUGCUCUCUAUAAAUUAAAACAUAGUCAACUCUGCGAUAUUAAUAAUUGGUGCCAUUCAGUGUUUAUGUGUGCAACAAAUGCAUUAUGUAAAAAUGAAGAAGCAGUUUAUUGUUUUUUACUGUGCUAAAAUGUUAUACAAAUGUAUAGUAAAAUUAACUACUAUGUACAAUGUUUUUAUGCAAAAGAGAGACUGAUUAAGAAAACAGGAACUAGUGGGUAGUGCCUGGUAAUAUUUUUUCCUGUCUUGAAAAUUAUUUAAGUAAUGAAGCAUUAUUAAAGAAUAUCUGGUGUAUAAUUUGUGGAAGAGAUUCUGCUGAUGAGAAUGAACAGUGUUUUCACAAUAAAUUUCACAGA